AUGUCCACCGCCGACAGCCACCUCACUCCAGCCAAUCGCGGCCCGCCACCUCAGCGCCGCCGCCUCUCUCAGCCAACCCCGCGCCGCCAAGUGGAGCGCGUCGUCCUCCCCGCGCCCUCCUCCACCGCAGCCCGCGGGAGCCCGCAGCCGGCCCGCUCCGGGCCGCAUCUGGGCCCGCCGGCCCACGCGUCGCCGCCCGCGCCCGGUCAUGCCCCACCGCCGCCGCCCCGCCGGCGCGCCUCCCCGCGCCUCGCCGAUCCAGCACCGUCGUCCCGUCCUCCGGCCACCGAGCGCCGCCGCCCCGCGGCCCCGAAGCCCGGCCGCCCGGCCGCGCCUCUCCCUCCCCCGCCGAGCCACACCGCGCCUCCACGUCGUGCGCCUCGCCGCCGCCUCGCCUGCUCGCCGCCUCCGCCGGAUCCCGGUCGGAGGAGGUCCCCCGUCGCCGGAUCUGCCGCCCCCGCCGGCGACUUCCUCGCCGGCCGGGGCUCCUCUGCCUCCACGUCCCCGCCCGACCCGAUCCGCGUUGACCCCGCGAGGUUGUUUUUUUACCAAGUCCCCAGUUUAUCUACUCAUGUGCUCAUCUUUCCCAUGCCAUAA